CACGAAUAUCUAUAUACAUUAUACACACGACAGUAUCAUAGGCGAAUCAGAAUCAAGCGGGAAAAAUUUGUUUACAAAUGGCGCUGAUUUUGACGGCGCGCUUCAACCUCACUUCACCUUCGCACCCCGAUUACGUCGGUAAAUUGACGCGUAUAUUCAUUGUAUAGCAACAAAAAAAAUAUGGAGAGUGCAAAAGAGAUUGAACUUCAAAAAACUGCGAACAAAUUAACCGACGAUAUACAGAGCAUGACAAACUACAAAAAUUUAUAUAACGAAAUUCAGAGACUUGUUGCCUCCAGAGCCGUGCGAAAAGAGGACUUUAAGAACACGCUUGUAGAUGCAUUGAAGAGCAAUGGACUGGAAACGGAGCUUCGAAAUACAGUAUUUCAUUGGGCAAGAACACACGGACCUUUGCAACGAGAGCCAGAGCCCCUUAUGCCAAUGCUGGAAGCGGAUCUCAGCUACCUGAAGAGAGCACAAAUACAAUGGGAGCGUAGAAUUCAAAAGUCUUUAAACUCCAUGUGCAAUGAAUUGAAUGUUCCCCUCGCUCGAAUCAGAUUGAACAUGGACAAAGACGAGUUGGCUGAGAAAUGGGAUGAAUUGAGCACGUACGAUAUUGAUUUAUCACAGUACAGGCCACUAUAUGCACCGAAAGAUUUCUUGGAAGUUUUGUUUAUGGUUCGUGAUCCAACGUUUAAAAAACAACCAGGGGAACCUAACUGGGAAUUCAGUCAUAUACAGAUUCGCGUAAAAACUCUGUCUCAAUUGAGAGCCAUGUAUCCAGAGCUUUCGCACGGUGUUCCGCUGCUCGGAGUUAAUCCACACAUGACGGCUAUGGGAAACUAUCCUAAUCUAGAAGCUGAAAGAACGGCACUAGGCGAAAGAGUUCUUGCAUCUAAUCAUGCCCCAAUUGCUCAAGAAUUUCUUAAAAGAGGAGCACCACGAGCUAUUCGUGGAAAGCUGUGGUCCCUUGUGCUUGGCUCCAUAGUCAAAGAAAAUGAUGAGGAUUACUAUGAGGAACUCAAGUCGUUGGUAUUGCAGUACGACAUAAUGGUUGAUAAAUUGAUAAUUAAGGAUGUUCAAUUAACGGCAAGCAACGACGACCAGUAUUUUGUCUUCGAAGAUGUUCUGUACAAGACAAUGCUAUGCUUUUCAAGAGACUCCGAAGUUCUAGCACCGGUUACAACAGACCGAAGUGCUGGCGGCCAAGUGAUACAUGCGGUCCUCCAAGGAAAACCAGCGACACUUGAAAAUACUCUAGUAUUUCCUCCCAGCGGAGUUAUACCCUUUCACGGGUUUACAAUGUAUGCGACUCCUUUCUGCUACCUGUAUGAUAAUCCAUGCGCAAUGUAUUACACCUUCAGAGCAUUUUAUCUCCGCUACUGGUUUAGACUGCACACUGUUUCCAGUCACGAACAGGGAAUAGUGGCACUCUGUCUACUUUUUGAAAGGUUGCUUCAGUGCCACGAGCCGCAAUUGUGGGCACAUUUUAGGAACAUUCAUAUACAGCCAAUCAAAGUAGUCUUCAAAUGGUUAAUGAGAGGAUUCAGCGGACAUUUACCACCCGAGCAACUUCUCUACUUGUGGGACUUAAUCCUUGGGUAUGACUCUUUGGAAAUUGUGGCUCUGCUUGCCGUUACGAUACUGAGUUUUAGGAAAGAAAAUUUAAUGCAAGUCAACACGCUCAUUAAUAUUGAGGCAGUUCUGGCCGACCUGUCUUCCUUGAAAGUGAUGCCCCUCCUGCAGUUGGUUCUUUUAAAGGAAUGAAGAUACUCUUCUGAUAUACACAUAGUUUAAAUCUACGCGAUCCUUUUCAUCUCUACUUUUUAUCUACCUGUACUAAUUCGUAAACAAUGAAC